AGUGUGUCACUACAUGACAAUCUUUAGAUUGACUGCUAUUUGUUUUAUAAAUUCAGAAAAUAUUAAACUUUUAAUAAUUUAAGCAAAAGAAGUAUUUAUUUUAAACAGCAUAUUUCUAUCGUGGAAUAGAACUCGACCAACAAAAGACACUCAAUGAAAGUCACAUCGAAACUAGAUUUUGAUGAAGAUUUUUCAUCAAUAUGCGAAUCUACGGCGGCUCUAACUGAAGGUUGCAGACUUCCAGUUCGCAUGCACAAAACCGAUGAUUGGCCACUUGCAGAAAUUGUUAGUAUUAAGGACGGUGAAGGGAAACGGCAGUUCUAUGUGCAUUAUGUCGAUUUUAACAAACGCUUAGAUGAAUGGGUGGAAGAAGAAGACCUUGACACACGGAAAGUCCAGUUUCCAAGAAGGGAUGGCACAACGACUGGGGCAAGCACUGGUGUUACAACUCCAAAAAAGCAUCAUUCCUUGACGGGCACAGGUAGCGUCUCACGACCCACCAGUCCUGUACCGUUAAAUAAUGAAAUUGUAAAUGGAAAUGCUGUCUUAGCAGCGGCCUUGCAAAAGAAAAUCAACCGAAAGAGAAAGCUCACUCCACAAGCUGUGCCAGUAGUUGAAAUACCCGAGGAAAAUUCACAAGAUGGACUCACCCCUCGUCAAUCAGGAAGCAUGGUCAUACACCAGGAUGACGUAGUCACUCGAAUGAAAAACGUCGAAAUGAUCGAGCUGGGUAGGAAUCGUAUUAAGCCUUGGUACUUCUCACCCUAUCCUCAGGAACUUUGUCAAACUCCCUGCAUUUACAUAUGCGAAUUCUGUCUUAAAUAUCGCAAGAGCAGAAAAUGUCUCGAACGUCACCUGAUCAAGUGUAACCUGCGCCAUCCCCCGGGAAACGAAAUCUAUCGAAAACACACUAUCUCCUUCUUCGAAAUCGAUGGUCGCAAAAAUAAGGUCUAUGCUCAGAAUCUCUGCCUUCUGGCAAAGCUCUUCCUCGACCACAAGACACUUUACUACGAUACCGAUCCGUUUCUCUUUUAUGUCAUGACUGAAUUCGACUCGAGAGGCUUCCAUAUUGUUGGGUACUUCUCAAAGGAGAAGGAAAGCACAGAAGACUACAAUGUGGCCUGCAUCUUGACCAUGCCACCGUACCAACGCAAGGGAUAUGGCAAGUUGCUUAUCGAAUUUAGUUACGAACUAUCAAAGUUUGAAGGCAAAACUGGCUCUCCAGAGAAACCCUUAUCUGAUUUGGGUUUGCUGUCUUACCGCUCCUACUGGGCUCAGACAAUUCUCGAAAUCUUUAUAGCCCAAAAACCGGCAGGCGAAAGCGAAAAACCUCAUAUCACCAUCAAUGAUAUUUGCGAGGGAACUAGCAUAAAGAAGGAGGAUGUUAUUUCCACCCUUCAAAAUCUUAACCUAAUCAACUACUAUAAGGGACAGUAUAUUGUGUGCAUAAGUCGCGAGAUUAUCGAUCAACAUAAAAAGGCAAUGGACAACAGAAAGAUACGAAUAGACUCGAAAUGUUUACACUGGACGCCAAAAGAUUGGUCAAAACGCUCAAAAUGGUAAACAUAUAAAAAUCGAAUUGUUCAUCUAGGGCGAAUAUUUGUUUGUUUAUUUUAUAUUUUUAUUUUGUAUUUAUUUUUAUUUUUUUGUUUAUUUAAAUCGUCACACCACAACUGGAAACAUAUCAAAAUAUCUGCACAACCAGAACACAAUACAGUUUUUGAGCAUCAAAGGCAAACUCAUUUCAUCUGCCUUGUCAAAUCUUAUCAUUCGCAGAUUGGAUGGAGAUCGAUAUCACUAAUCCGUAAAAAUAAUUUAAGAUGUACUAUUUUUCAGAUUACGACACCAUUCAGAAGAAUUUCAAAAUUUACCUCAGAUAAUAAAAGGAAGCAAUUAUUCUGUAUUGAUGGAUGUAAUUAAAUUGCAUAAUAUUUAAUCCAAAUAUUAAUUCUCUAAACAAGAAAUAAGGUUGUUUCGGUGUUGUUUGUUUGAUCCGCGCGGAUUGAUAAAUACAAAUUUCCAUUUGCCGAAAUUGGCGAUUGCCUUUCUGAGCUUUCUUGCAAAAGUCACAUCUACCCAAAAACUCCCUAACCAGAUCAAUCCUUUCAAUUUUCCAUAUUUGACAUUACUUAAAACUUGUUAUUAUACUUAAAAGAAAAAGUGAUGAAUAGUUUCAUUCAUUGGUGAGAUUUUUGCAAUCGAAAUAGCGAAUAUAAUUGCUUUAAAAUGUUUGCUGUUAAAUGAUAUUAUUUAAAAUUUUAAAUAUAAGAUCAAAUAAAUAUAAAAUAAAUGUCUGUA